GGACAAAUUUUAUGAUUAUUUUUUGUUGGCCAGUUUGCCUACAUUUCCCGAAACCCACUGCGACGGCAAAAACAUCCGCCAUAUUGAAAUCGCCAGAACGGGAACGCGCUGGCUGCAUAGUCUGUAUCCACAACACAGCAUAUUGGGACUAUGACGCAGACAGUGCAGACGAACGGGGUGCAACCCCUCAGUAAGACCUGGGAACUCAGUCUGUAUGAGUUACAAAGGACCCCACAGGAGGCCAUCACAGAUGGGCUGGAGAUAGCCGUGUCUCCCAGGAGCCUCCACAGUGAGCUGAUGUGUCCCAUCUGUCUGGACAUGCUGAAGAACACCAUGACAACCAAGGAAUGUCUGCACCGCUUCUGUGCCGACUGCAUCAUCACCGCCCUCCGAUCAGGCAACAAGGAAUGCCCUACGUGCAGAAAGAAGCUGGUGUCUAAGCGAUCCCUGCGGCCGGACCCUAACUUUGAUGCCCUCAUCAGUAAGAUCUACCCCAGCAGAGAUGAGUACGAGGCCCACCAGGAGAGGGUUCUGGCCCGCAUCUCCAAACACAACAACCAGCAGGCCCUGUCCCACAGCAUCGAGGAGGGCCUCAAGAUACAGGCCAAGAACAGGCUGCAGCGGGGGAAGAAGCACCAGCUGGAAAACGGCAGCGGGGCGGAGGACAAUGGUGACUCCUCCCACUGCAGCAAUGCCUCCGUCCACUCCAACCAGCAGGAGGCGGGGCCGAGCAUCAAGCGUACCAAGACGUCAGAUGACUCUGGUCUGGACAUGGACAACGCUACAGAGAACGGAGGGGGAGGGGACGUGGCCAUGGACGGAGCCAGCGAGAUAGAACUGGUGUUCUGUCCUCAUCCUACGCUCAUGGACAAGGAGGACACCGUGCAGACCAGUGUCGAGUUUGUUCCCAGGUACAUCAAGACGUCGGGUAACGCCACAGUGGACCACCUGUCUAAGUACCUGGCUGUGCGUCUGGCUCUGGAGGAACUGAGGAAGAACGGAGAGGCCAGCCCUGUCAAUGUAGACGCUGCCUCAGAGAAACAAUACACCAUUUAUAUUCCUACAGCCAACGGCCAGUUCACGGUGCUGAACGGGUCUUUCUCUCUGGAGCUUGUCAGUGAGAAGUACUGGAAGGUGAACAAACCCAUGGAGCUGUACUUCGCCCCCACCAAGGAGCACAAGUAGACCGCCUGGAGUACACCUGGGGGGUAGCCUGCCUGGAGUACACCUGGGGGGGUAGCCUGCCUGGAGUACACCUGGGGGGGGUAGACCGCCUGGAGUACACCUGGGGGGGUAGACCGCCUGGAGUACACCUGGGGGGUAGACCGCCUGGAGUACACCUGGGUGUAGACCGCCUGGAGUACACCUGGGGGGGUAGACCGCCUGGAGUACACCUGGGGGGGUAGACCGCCUGGAGUACACCUGGGGGGUAGACCGCCUGGAGUACACCUGGGUGUAGACCGCCUGGAGUACACCUGGGGGGUAGACCGCCUGGAGUACACCUGGGGGGUAGACCACCUGGAGAACACCUGGGGGAUAGACCGCCUGGAGUACACCUGGGGAGGUAGACCGCCUGGAGUACACCUGGGGAGGUAGACCGCCUGGAGUACACCUGGGGGGGGUAGACCGCCUGGAGUACACCUGGGGGGGUAGACCGCCUGGAGUACACCUGGGGGGUAGACCGCCUGGAGUACACCUGGGGGGUAGACCGCCUGGAGUACACCUGGGGGGUAGACCGCCUGGAGAACACCUGGGGGAUAGACCGCCUGGAGUACACCUGGGGGGUAGACCGCCUGGAGAACACCUGGGGGAUAGACCGCCUGGAGUACACCUGGGGAGGUAGACCGCCUGGAGUACACCUGGGGAGGUAGACCGCCUGGAGUACACCU